AUAGUUUGUAUGAACCUGGUAGAGGGCAGAAGCAUAGUUUAAAGUACUCCAAUAUUAACUUUGUUUACAUGUUUGUUUUUCUCCUUUAAGCGUGAUGUACUCGCUAUGGGGGCAUGCUUAACGUUGGAACGUGAAGAAGGUAAAGCAAGAAAACGAAGUGAAGAAAUUGAUAGACAACUUGGAGAGUUUGCUAAACAACAAAAUAAUGUUAUCAAAAUACUACUGUUGGGUGCUGGAGAAAGUGGGAAAAGUACCUUAGUUAAACAAAUGAAAAUAAUCCAUACAGAUGGAUUUACACAUGCAGAAUUGAGUAGUUUUAGACCAACAGUAUUAGAUAACCUUUUGGCUUCAAUGAAAUAUGUUCUAGCUGGUAUGGGAGUUUUGAGAAUAAAUUUAGAGUACCAGAGGAAUAAAGUUCAUGCUCAAAAUGUUUUAGUAGCUAAAAGCUGCUUUGAUAUGAGUUUUACAAUAAUUCCAGCGGUCGCUGCAUCUUUACAAGCUCUUUGGUCCGAUAGGGGUGUGAGAUUAGCUGUAGCAAGAGGUUAUGAGUAUGAAUUGAACGACUCUGCUCUCUAUUUAUUUGAAAAUAUGGAAAGAAUCUGUGAUCCAAAAUAUGUGCCAAAUCCGACUGAUGUUCUAAGAGCACGUGUACGGACCCAGGGCAUAAUAGAAACUCAAUUUCGUAUAAAUGAUAUGAUUGUUAAUAUGUACGAUGUUGGUGGACAAAGAUCUCAAAGAAGAAAAUGGAUAUAUUGUUUUGAUGAUGUAAGAGCAGUGCUUUUUGUCAUAUCGCUUAGUGGAUACGACAUGACGCUACUAGAAGAUCCUAGUGUCAACCGAUUAGAAGAAAGUCUUAAUUUGUUUGGACAAAUUGUUAAUAAUCCAUUUUUUCGAGAAGCAUCAUUUGUUUUAUUCCUAAAUAAGUUUGAUCUCUUCAGGGAAAAAAUUCUCUAUUCCCAACGUCAUUUGAGGUUAUAUUUUCCAGAUUAUAAAGGUCCAGAUAGAGAUGUCGAUAGAGGAGCAUUAUUUAUACAACACAAAUUCGUUUUGAGAAAUGGAGAUUCGAGGAAAGUGUUGUAUCCACAUUUUACUACAGCAACGGAUACAGCCAAUGUAAGAGUCGUUUUCCAAUCUGUCAUGGAGAUUGUUAUAUCUGCUAAUUUAGGUCGCGUUACUCUUUUAUAGAUGAAUCUAUUUUUAUUCGGUGUUAUAAAAAAAAUCUUCACAAGUGUCAGUGAUAGUUUCAGAGUUGACUGAUAAUUAAAUUGGUGUUUUGAAUCACUUUUAUUCAAACUGGGAAUAAUCAGGAUUACCUGCUGAAAUUUCAAAACUUGUUCAGAUGAGAUUUCCCAUAUUUUAUCAACUGGUCAGUUGAUACAGUACAAAAUGGGCGUUGUACAUUUUCAAAAAUUGAUUUCUCGAAUGCUGUUUAUUUCCUAAAUUUAAAAUUUCGUAUAUAGACUUCUUACUUCAUGGAUUAUUUGCCAUAAAAACACGAAUAUCAAAUUGUACGGUGAGUAAUCUAUCUAAAGUUUAGCUGUUUCAUUAAUCUGAUUUUCGUAGUUUAGGGUUUUCAAGGGAUGCUUUGUAUAGGGGUGGUGUAAAAUCUAACAGAAUUAGUGUUUCUACAAAAUAAUGGAUGGAGUUCAGUGUUUUUGUUGUACAUGCACUUAUGAAUAAGUAAAUUAGUGUUUUUUCAAAAUAUUAGUGCCCCAAUAUGAUUCAUCCAGUCUUCGCAUUCAAUUUAGAUCAACUGGUCAAUAUCUUUUGAAUUUUCUGUUAUCUAAUUUAUACAGGGAGGUUAUUUAUUACUGAUUUUUUUUAACUCGAACCGUUUCUUUACUCUGAUUUUCUUAGUUUGAUUUUUUAUAGUAGAUGUACAAAGUUUUGGCUCAAUUAAUGGAGUUUAUUUUUUUCUAUGGACAUUUAUGAGGCGAUGGAUAAGUAAAGCAGCUUUUUCCAAAUUAUUCUAUGAUUAGAAAAAUUAUUAUUUAUUAAAAUUAUUGGUAUCUCUAUUAUAAUUUAUUUGUAUGGAUCUGUCAACUCUGAAUACUUUCCGACAACACUCCAUUAAAUUGUUCCUCACCCUGACGUCUUGGUUAAUGAAUAAAAAAAGUCGAAACGAAGUGGUUACUGCUACUUUUUCAUGUACACAAACAUUUUUUUAAUUCCUAACGUUAUCAGGGUGAAGAUCAAUUCCAUCGAUUAAAUAUUUACAUAUAAAAGGGUCGUUUGUAAAUAUUGAGCAUCAGAAAAAACAGUUAAUUGGAAGAUUUAUACAACGAAUUAGUGAAAACCUAGAUCUGAUCAGUUAUUGGUACCACGAUUAAAAAUUUUACAGUAAUAAACGUUUUAAUUGAAAUAAUAGUUUAUUUUACUGAGUUUAUUCAGGUUGAUUGUAUUGAAACUGAUUUUUAUCUUAAAAUAGCAGUAAGUAAAUGAAAAAAAAAACAAUCUUGUGGUAAUAUUUAUUUAAAGUACUGUCUAAACCUCAAAAUAACUUAUAUAACUAAUAUUUGAUUAUUUAUAUAGAGCUACAAUACGAACGUUAAUAUUUAUACUAAUCUGAUAUGCGUUUCGAUAACCAAAUGACCUUCUUCAGACACCGAUGGUGAAAAUCAGUGCAGUGAUAGUAAACGGUGUACGAAAGUGACUUUUUGGUCAAGUUUUAGGGCUUCUAUAGAAAAAAUGGUUAAAAAGGUUCCUUUUCUGUUUAAAAAACGAUUUGGUACACACAAAAAGGGGGGCAAAAAGUUUAGCUGGAAAAACUUCAAACGUAAUGUAAUAAAAUUUGUUACUGUAAAGUUUUUAAUUGAUAAUUGACCCUAUUUUUCGUUAUAUAAGGCAGCAUUAAUCUUGCCCAGCUUUUUAAAUUGUUUCGCCAUAAGUUUUAUUGGUCUCAUUUUAAAGCUAUUUAUGUAUUUUUUUUAGCCUGUGAUUUUUCAAAACAUCAUUAUGCUGUUUUGUUAGUAAUUUUCGUAUCUACAACGGUUUUUUUUUGUUAUUUUUUGUAAGGCAUUAGGUACUAACCAUUUGAUCUCCUCGUAUGUGUUCCAGAAAACUAACACAAUAAAGAUUUUGUAUAUAAUUUUCAAUUUAGAGAGAUUCGUUGGAAAAUUUUUAGAUAGGAUAA